AUCAUGGAAUGUGACACACACAAAAGAAACAAUUAGCAAAACCGCUACAUGCUAACUGCAGAUACCGCCAGCCAAACAGGAAGGAAACAAACCGGACGUGACGCAUGUGAUUCUGAUAAUCCUGAUAAACCAAAAGGUGUAACACUAUGGCGAGUUGUGACUCAGGCAGCCUGAGUGAGGAGUUUGCUGUCCCGUCUCAUGUUGAGGAGGUCAGGAGUGUGAUGGCGGCGUUUGCAGAGCAGCAUGGAGCUGCAGGUCGCAUGGUCGUACUCAUCACUUCAGGAGGAACAAAGGUUCCUCUAGAAUCCAGGACGGUGCGCUUUCUAGACAACUUCAGCAGUGGCCGGCGUGGAGCCUCCUCAGCAGAGUAUUUUCUUGCCCAUGGUUAUGCGGUUAUAUUCCUGCACAGACACCGCUCUCUGUACCCAUACACACGCCUCUACACUGGGAUCAAUCUGCUGGACUGUCUGACAUUAGACACUGUUCACGGGUCUGGACUGGUCACAGUGGAUCAGAGAAAGCUGCCAAACAUCACAGAGGUCCUGAAGCGGUACCAGGAAGUGAAAUCUGCAGGGUUGCUUCUUCCAGUGGAGUUCAGCACUUUAUCUGAGUAUCUCCACCUUCUCAAGGCUGCAGCACAAGCUCUCAGUUCAAUAGGUUCCAAAGCCAUGUUUUAUUUGGCUGCGGCUGUUUCUGAUUUCUAUAUCCCAGCUUCGGAAAUGCCAGAGCACAAAAUCCAGUCCUCCAACGGACCGCUACAGAUAAGCAUGAAAAUGGUACCCAAAAUUCUUAAGCCACUGGUGAAGGACUGGGCCCCAAAAGCGUUUGUCACUUCAUUCAAGCUGGAAACAGAUCCAUCCAUUCUCUUGGAGCGAGCUCGUUGUGCCUUGGACACCUACAAACAUCAAGCAGUUGUGGCCAACGUGCUGGACACACGGCAUGGAUAUGUUGUAGUUGUGACUAAAGACUCUCAGAAAGAACUGGUCCUUACAGAUGAGGAAGCUCAGAGAGAGGUUGAAAUUGAAGAGAAGAUUGUCAAAAAUCUGUCACAUGCACACACUCAGUUUAUAAACCAAAAAAUGUAAACGUGUGUUGGCCUGUUCUUUACUUCACUUAAAAUACAGUGUCACAUAUGUCUUAUACAUAUGGAAAAUUAACUUUACAAAAACCUAAAACCUAACCUUUACCGAGUCAAUUUUGACACUUGCCAAACUGGGAGCACACACGUGCUUGCACUCUCAACCUAGCGACAGCUUCCCAAUGACAGACCCCUGCAUGCCAUGAAAUUCACAAAAAGGUGGUAACUGUUCUGGAUUUUUUACUCAAUCUGACUGCCACCAACUUGAUGAGGAAAAAAAAAAUUCUAAGCAUGCUUAUUCCCCCAUGUAUCCUUUUACUAAUCUUUGGCAUGUAUGGUCACUGUGAAGGUUUGUGUUUAUAUAAAAGUUUAAGUUCUAGUGUGUUUGUCAUAUUUGACAAUUGUACAUUUUCCAGACAACAAGUGAAGAGAAUGUAGUCAAUCCAGAAGUCAAUAAAGUGGCACUAUAUUCACUGCUUCAUGAUGAA